CCCACUAGUUUAUAAAACCAGAAUAUUUUAUCUAGUUGGUAGCUCAGGGUUAUCCAUCGGAGCUCUAUCGACACAAUUUCAUGGCGUCUCAGUUGAUUCGUGAAUGGAGCGGGAUUCAACAAUUCCCUCCUGCCACCCAAGACAAGCUACUUGAACUAUUGGGAAGACUAAAGGAAAAGAAAAGGGACAAACUGACAAUCCUUGUAAUGGGAAAAGGCGGAGUUGGAAAAUCUUCAACCGUGAACUCUAUCAUCGGUGAGAGAGCGGUUACCGUCAGCGCCUUCCAGUCAGAAGCACCAAGACCCGUAAUGGUUUCACGGGAGCGUUCAGGGUUCACGUUAAACAUAAUUGACACGCCAGGCAUUGUUGAGGGUGGAUAUGUCAAUGACCAAGCCAUUGACAUCAUCAAAAGGUUUCUUCUGAACAAGACGAUAGAUGUUUUGCUUUAUGUGGACCGUCUAGACGCGUAUAGGGUCGAUACAUUAGACAAACAAGUCGUGAAAGCCAUAAGUAACAUUUUUGGUCAAGAAAUAUGGCAUAGAGCAAUUUUAGUGCUCACACAUGCUCAAGUGUCGCCUCCAGAUAGUCUAACGUACAACGAGUUUUUGUCAAAAAGAUCCGAGGCUCUUCUAAAGGUUGUACAUCUUGGUGCUAGGUUCAAAAACCAAGAUAUCGAGAGCAUUUCUAUUCCUGUUGGCUUGGUUGAGAACAGUACCAGAUGUAAUAAAAACGGGAAAGAUGAAAAGAUUCUUCCAAAUGGUACCGCUUGGAUUCCGAGCAUCGUUGAAACAAUCACAAAAGUCGCACUGACCGAAAGCGAAAGCAUAUUCGUUGACCAGAAGUUGAUUGAUGGACCGAACCCGAAUGAUAGAGGGAAAAUAUUCAUUCCUCUAAUCCUCGCAUUUCAAUACUUCUUUGUCUUGAAACCAAUUCAAAGAUGGAUCAAGAAUGAUAUUGACAAAGAGGUAAAGCCUCAAUGGGCAUGAGGCGCGUGAUCGAUGAGAAAUUACGAUGAUACCCUCGAGCACAUUAGCAGCAGGUAUCGAGCAAUAUGAUCCACGACUAUUUUUUUGGUUUGUAAUUUGAGAAAGCAAGCUUUGUUUGAUUGAAGACUUUACCCUUUGUUGAACUUAAGUUGAUGUUGUUUGUAUUCCUUGAUUGACAGUGUGUAAUAAGCUGAGCUAUAAUAAUAGUUUUAUUUCAUAUAUGUA